UAGUGACAAGGUUUUACUUCACCCACUGGAGAAAGAAAUGAAGAGUUGGUAACUGCAGUUGUGGUUGUUGUGCAUUCUAUAAAUCGCAUUAAACAGAGAAAUACAACUAGACCAUCAAACAUUGCUAGUUUUCCCAUUUGCAAACCAAAAAUAGAACAAAAUGAGGAGAAGACUGAGAUCCAUAACUACAACUAGUACUACUGCAAUUAGUAGUAGUAACAAAGCAUCAUUCGUCAUGGUCUUAAUGGGUGAUUUUGAUGAGAAACUGCAAGUACCAACCGAUUUUCUGAAGCAUUUCAAUGGAAAAUUACCGGGAAAGUCAACUGUUCGGGGUCCUAAUGGGAGAACUAGGACCAUAAAAAUGAAAAGAGAUGGCGAUGAUUUAUACUUCUUUAAAGGAUGGCCAGAGUUUGUAGAUGAACAUUCUUUAGAAUUCGGGGAUUUUUUAAUUUUCGAAUACAAAGGUAGUUCAAAAUUUAAAGUGAAGAUUUAUGGCCAAACUGGCAUCGAAAAGGAUCUGCGUGCUUACAGUGCUGAACCAAGUCUGGAAGUGAAAGAACAUGGCACCGACGAAGAAGCUGCAUAUGAAGGUGGUUACCAUGUACAAAGAAAAUCUGCUAUGGAAGUUGAAAGAAUAGGUAGAUCUAGAGCUCGUAAACCAGCUUUACCUAUCAACACCAAUCAUCCAUAUUUCAUUUCUACUUGGCCAAAAUCCACAACAUGUUAUCCGAGGAUUCCCAGGGAUUUUGCAAGAAAGUAUGGACUGAAUACCGAGACUGGUAUAGUGCUCCGAGAUCAUGAUGGAAGGUCAUGGCCAGUAAAAUUUUCACACAAUAAAGACGGUCGUAUCAGUAUGACCAAGGGAUGGAGACAAAUUUCAGCAGGAAAUAAGUUAGCAAGAGGUGCUAAAUGUUUGUUCCAACUUAUUAGCCAAACAAAAGGUAAUCAAAUCAUGAAUGUUCGCGUCUUGGGAGGGGCUGAAAUUGACAAACGGGAUUGGGCGCUUCAGAGUAAUAGGAAACGCAUACAUCACUUAGGUUCUAAGUUGGAAGUUGGAAGUUUCAAGAGAGGGAUUACGAUGGAUUGCGUGACAGCAUCUGCAAAGGAAAGGGCUAUAAAAGAAGCUAACGGCUUUCAGUCUAAGUAUCCUGUAUGCAAAAUUAUCAUGCAUCCGACCUAUGUGGGUAAAUGGGGCGCCGUGAAUAUACCUGCUCAAUUUGCAAAGACAUACUUGGGAGAUCGAAAUCAGAUGGCUAUUCUUAGAAUUUCAGAUGGAAGAGUGUGGCAUGUCGGAUACAGAACUAGUAGCUCUUCGUCAAGUUAUAUGGCUAUCAUAUCCAAGGGAUGGAAUAAGUUCAAGGUUGACAAUCAGUUGAAGGAAGGUGAUGUUUGCCUGUUUGAGCUAGUCGAUAGGGACAAUCUGGAGAUGCAUGUCACUAUUUGUCAAGUCACUCCAAAUGUUAACUAGCUAAAAUACGCAAACACCUCUUUCGUUUUGUCGGGUUUACUUAUUAGUGUGAAGUGGAUUUUAUUGCAAAUGUGAUGGGUAAAUUUAAAUUAAAUAUUCCGUAAUUUCCGUUUA